AACCCCUCCGCAGCCGAUGCCUCUCUAGGGUUUCUCCGCUUCGUCUCUUCUCUCCGCCCCCCGGUUCUCCUUCGGCUCGGGGUUUGUCCAAUGGCGGGCCGAGCCCUAAUCUCGAAGCUCCCCUCGGUCCCCCUCUCCCCUCUCCUCUCCUCUGGAUUCUUCGCCUCCCGAGCUCUCUUCUUUGCCCGUCCCUCUUCCCCUCUCCUCCGCCUCCGCUCUCUCCUCCCACUUGCCGACUCCUUCCGCCUCCCCGUCGACGGCGGCCGCGGCGGCGAGGUCCGGUGCUUCUCGACCCGGCCUACGACGUCGUCGCUCAACGAUCCUUCGCCGAACUGGAGCAACCGGCCGCCCAAGGAGACUAUCCUUCUCGACGGGUGCGACUUCGAGCACUGGCUCAUCGUCAUGGAGCCCCCCGAUCCCAGUCUUACCCGCGACGAGAUCAUCGACAGCUACAUUAAGACCCUCGCUCAGGUCCUCGGAAGUGAGGAAGAAGCAAGGAAAUCGAUAUAUUCAGUGUCUACAAAGCACUACUUUGCUUUUGGAUGCAAGGUUUCUGAAGAGACAUCAUACAAGAUCAAGCCUCUUCCAAAGGUGCGCUGGGUUCUUCCUGAUUCUUACUUGGAUGUUAAGAACAAAGAUUACGGAGGGGAACCAUUCAUAGACGGUAAAGCUGUUCCUUACGACCCAAAGUACCAUGAAGAAUGGGUCCGGAAUAAUGCUCGUGCAAAUGAGAGAUCUAGGCGCAAUGACAGACCUCGUAAUUUUGAUAGGUCAAGGAACUUUGAAAGGAGAAGGGAGAAUAUGCAGAACUUCCAAAACAGAGAUGCGCCUCCGAUGCCAAAUCAGAACUUCCAAAGCCAGGAUGGUCAGAACCCUAUGCCACCUCCUCCACCACAAAAUGCCAUGCCACCCCGAGACAUACCUCCUAGAGAGAUGCCUCCACCACCGAACCGUGACUACAAUGCCAUGCCUCCUAAUGUGGGUGGUAUGCCUCAGAACUACCAGAGCCAAAUGCCUCCUAACCCUCAGAGCAGCUAUGUGCCAAACAGUGGACCUGGUUAUCCAGGAAGCCAGGGCUAUCAAGGAGGCAGUCCUGGUGGUGGAAUGCCUAGUGGCCCUGGUUAUCAAGGAGGCGUCCAUGGGUAUCAAGGGGGUAGCCCUGGGGGUGGGAUGCCAGGAUCCCCUGGUCAUCAGGGAGGUGGCCCAGGUUAUCAAGGAGGCGUCCAUGGGUAUCAAGGGAGUAGCCUUGGGGGUGGGAGGCCAGGAUCCCCCAGUUAUCAGGGAGGUGCCCCAGGUUAUCAAGGUGGCAGCCCUGGUUAUCAGGGAGGGGGCCCUGGCCAUCAGGGAGGUGGUCAAACAUAUCAAGGGGGUGGCUCUGGGUACCAGCAGGCUGGACCUACUUAUCAGGGAGGCAGCCCUAACUAUCAGCAGGGCGGACCUGCUUAUCAAGAAGGCGCUUCUGCUUAUCAAAGGAGAGACAUGCCUGGAAGGGAUUACCAAUAGGAACAGUUGCUAGAGAUACUUUGCAGAAUUGAAUAUAAGGUCAUGCAACCCUGUUGGAGCCAUGAUGCAUGUGCUAUUGAUGUUUAGAAGAUUGGAACUUUUAUAUCUAUACAGGCAAUAUGUAGACUUGUUAUGUGCUGCUGGUUAUGUCCUCUGGAUUCUCUUUGAGCUUGUAAGAACAUGAAUCCCUGAUGUGUUAAAAAGGUUUUUGAAUUUUGAUCUGAAGUCUGUAACGUUAUUUUCACUGUUUUGAGUAAGAUGUCCUGUGAUGCUAAAUUCUGG